AGGGAGAGAGAGAGGGAGAUGGAGAGAGAGAGACGAGAAGCCUCCAGUGCUACUGAGCCAGUGAUACGCAGGCAGGCAGAGAGAGAAGACGGAGAGUGAGGCCAUCGGCAUCUCCAAGGCCGGCACAAUGAGGGGGUGAGGGGCUCAGGAGCACCACAACGGAGAGGGUAGUGGGAGCACAGGGAGAAGAAGAGGGGGAAAGGCUGGGCGAUUAAAUCAGAAAUAGGGCUCCAGCAGGAAAAGGUGAGUAGAUGGGUGGGAUCUGAGUCGAGCAGGGAAAAGAACAGAUAAAAGUUUUGGAGAAAGAGUAGGAUAGGGAGAGGGAAGGUGGAAGGAGACUUAAGGCAGAGUGGAUAGAGUCCCUGUUCACGGCAAAGGUAGGAGGAGAUUCAUGGAAAAAGAGGAGGAUGCUCUCUGUGUCUCCUCCUGUUCCUCUUCUGCCUCUUCGUCUUUCUGUGAGACUGCUGGACAUCCUCCUCCAUCACCAUGUUCUCUGACAGCAGGGCUCCGGCGCCUGGGGAGCAGAAAAGCUUCAAGCCACACGCCCCUCACUUCAUCCCGUGGCUGCGCAACAGUCUGAAGUCCCACCACAGCAGUGACCUGGGGCUCAACAGGCCGCACAGAUCCAACCCCGAGCCCCGCAACAACCUAACCCCGCUGGAGAGAGCCAAAGGGAUCGGGUUCUUCUCCUUCCCGGGAAAGGACCGCGGGAAGAAGGGUGACUUACGGUGUAAUGGCAUGGGGAUGACGAGGAUGCUGCCAGUGGUGCUGAGGGGGCCCCACAUCCUGCCAGGGAGUCUGGGCAAGCAGAGGGAAGAGAGUCCUGUCAGGUGGAACCAGUCUCCGGAGUUAGACGCGGACCACAACGCACAGAUCAGCCCAGUGGACGGGCCACGGGGUCCGGUCAACAGCCACACCUCUGCUCAGGACAACCAGACUUUGGCUAGGAGCCACAGUGGUCACCUGAGCCUCCUUCACUCACAGAAUGACAGGACUGGCACCUCAGUGAGGAAAUACGGGCCACUGGUGGGACCCCCUCCCGUUCCUGCACCGCUCGCAGAGGAGCCAAACUGCACGGUGCCCGUUGUGCUGUGUAUGGAGGACAGGAGUGGGAAGGUGUGGGACUACGCCAGCCAUACAUCCUACUGCCAGACAGACCUCCAUUCAUCCAGCUGGGUCAGCCCAGACACUCAGGGACUAAUAGAGCGGCAGCAUGGGUUCAGCUCCAGCUUCAGCUACGUCAAACAACAGAGCAGGGACUCUCAGAGCCAGAGAGACUUGACAGCGCUGAGGGAACCCCCCGUGGAGGGUCUCAACGGGCCCCUGAACGGAGUCAUCUUCUCCACCGAGGUUCCCCAGACACGCCUGGGCUGUGCCACGACUCUGCGACGCCCCAGGAAACCGAGACCAAGCUCGGAGCACAUUGCGGUCCUGGGCCGGAACCAGACGCUCGUCAAGCAAAGACCAAAGAGUGAAGGGGAAUCACAGAGCAAGGAAGCAGGCUGCAGCAGGAAGGCAGUUCGUAAUCAGAUUAAACGGGUGAUGGACAACCUGGAGCAGGUGCUCACAGCGCUGAGGGAUGUUCACCAGGAAAUGAAAGAGGUGGUACAGCAGAUUGACUAUCUAACCUCGUCCAUUGAUCUGAAUGAGGAGGAGGAGCAGUCGCGGGGGACUAGAGGAGGCAAUAGGGCCGAGCCUCCCAGCGACAGCAGCUCCUGUUCAGGUUCCAGCUCCAGCGAGGUGACACUAGGCAGCAGCCAUCAGAGGCCCUCAGAGCCUGAAGGACGGCCAGGAACCACGGACUCCUCCGGCACCCUCAGGAGGGAUCGGCACAGCAGGAGCCAAUCUCCACCGAGUGUGCAGCUGCACCCGGUGUCCUCUGGGCUUUCCUCCGAGAGGAGUCGAACUCUUCGGUUCAGCUGCAGUCUUGGGUCUUCUCCCAGAAAAGGUGGGCCGCUGGCGUGCAACUAUAAUCUCCCUUCAUCGGGUCCACCUCAACUUCAAAACCUCACCUCCCAUGACCUUACACUGCCUCCCCAAAAAAGCCUCCCUGUCCGACCACCCACACCUGGUCUCUCCCCUCUAACAGUCAACCUCCAUCCCCCCAAAAGCCCUGUUGCUGGUCCAUCCUCCUCCAUCAGGGUCAGCCCUGUCUCCCCUCCCUCCCCACUGUCUCCAAAGCCUCACCCACCCCCUGCUCUUAGCCCGUCUGUCAUCAUCGAGACCAAAGUAUGUUCUUAUCGGACCCCACAAAGCGACCACCCAUCUGCUGGCUUGCUCUCUCCAUCAUUGACCCAGCCUCCAUCUGUCAGCUGCCCACCCACCGACUCAGAAACUCAAACUGUGUCCAGUGCUCAUGCAGCUUCACAGGUGCGCACUGCAUCUGCAGCCGGAGCUAAACCACCGAUAGCACAAGGUCGCAGAGGUCGCAAACCUCCACCUUACCCCCACCACAGACUCUCUGAACACACAAAGAAAGUGAAGGAGAACCGCAAAGCUCCUCCGUAUCCGGAGAAAAGAAGGCUGCUCUCGACCACGGUGUGAGACACUGCAGCAGGAGUGGGAGGCUGAUCGAACUGAGCCAUAUUCACAGCACCAGCCACAAGUCCGCGAGAGCGAAGAGUGAUUUAAGACUCGCCAAGAGGAAGUGAGACCAAGUUUCCAAGGUGACUGGACAUAUAUGCAUCUUGGGGUGAGUAUGUCAGGAGGAACAGCUUGGCUCUGCUGAUGUCCCUUUCCCCCUCUCACACAUCUUUCGAGUACACAGAACAUACACAGGGCAUCAUAACAUCUGUCUGGGUUACUGCUCUGGUAACAAGAGCCUCUAUGCAGAUGCUCACUUUGCACUCCAGCUCUCAGACUGCCCCAGCUUGCACAGUUAACAGGCUAAGGAGAAGGCCUAAUUAGAUAGAAAUGUGAGGGGGAUUUGGAAUUAUUGUAUGCUGUCAAGACAAAGUAAGAACUGAUGACUAUUGUGCACGUCAACCCAUGGAGCCAGGCACUUCUACUCACGUGUAUCAGUACUGUCCGGGUCAAAUAAUUGCUGUCAGGAGUUGAGAUGGGAUAAUGAGAACACCUCGGGCUACUGUGGCUCAGUGGUGUGAAAGGGAAACGCAGGGUCAGAGAGGCGAGAGAACUCUCCGUGACAGAAAACUUAGCAAGGCCGGGUUAAGAAGUGAACAGGCCGAGUGGCUCUGUGCUUGACCAGGUCACCGGCCCAGCAUCGGGAUGUGCGUUGGGGGAGACCAGGGGGCAGCUGGCCAGUCGCCGCGCCCUUCACCGGGCCCCUGGUGUUACAAAAAUCCCAUCUCGUUUGCUGCUUCUGGCUCGACCGACCGGGCCACGAUCUCCAUCUGUUCCUCUCCGGAUGUCAGGAGAUGCAAAGAGAGCGAAGUAGGGGACAGGUGUGCGAGAGAGGAAUAAGAGUAAAAAAGGAAAG